AUGAUCAUGCCCUCGACAAGGAAUAUCAGCCUGGUCUUCAAAGCCGUCCCCAAAGGCAUGCCCAUACCUGGCGAGCACCUGAUCAUCGAAGACCGUCCAAUCGACCUUGAAAAAAUCCCCGAGAAUGGACUCGUCGUCCGCAACAUUUACAAUUCCCUCGACCCUUACAUGCGGCUGAUGCUCGUCGAGCCGGACACGAAGCACUAUCGCAAGCCGUGUACCCUCAAUAGCCCACUGCGUAGCCUAGCAGUGGCAGAGGUGAUCCACUCGUCAUGCGACGACUAUCCCAUCGGAACGCUAAUUCGAACGAGUCUGCCGAUUGCAGAAUAUUCCGUCCUGAGCAGAGAGGAUAUCGACAUGGCAUCGUCGAGUGCGAAGGUCAAAACACUUCCUUCGUCCACCACGCUCCACCCAGCUUACUACCUCGGUCCCCUGGGAAUGCCCGGCCUGACAGCGUACUCCUCGCUCUUCGAAAUCGGCAAGCCCCGCCCUGGCGAGACAAUCUUCGUUUCCUCCGCCGCAGGCGCCGUAGGCCAGAUUGUCGGACAAAUCGCACGCCUCCAAGGCCUCAAAGUCAUCGGCUCCGCAGGUUCGGCCGUAUUCAACUACAAAGAAGAAUCGACACUCUCGGCUUUACAACGCCUCGCGCCAGAAGGGAUAGACAUCUACUUCGACAACGUCGGCGGCCAGACCCUCGAGGACGCACUGGCGUGCAUGCGGAAACAUGGCCGAAUCAUCGUAUGCGGCAUGCUCAGCCAAUACGACUCCACGUCCUCCACGGACACCAGUCAAAGCUCGUACGGCGUCAAGAACCUCUUCCGGCUCUUCAGUCAGGGGCUGACGAUGAGGGGCUUCCAGGUGGGGAUGAGGGAUUUCGGACCGAAGUAUGAGGAGGACUUUGAGAGGGAUAUGGGGUUUUGGAUUGGGGAGGGGAAGAUUAAGGCUGUGGUAAGUGAGGUGACUGGGAUUGAAAGGGGUGCAGAGGGGUUUGUGGGGAUGUUGAAGGGGGACGGUUUUGGGAAGGCUUGUUUGAGGGUUGAGGGGUCCGGGGUUGGGGGAGGGGAUGGGAGGGAGUUAUUUAGAAGAAUUUGA